CAAGUUUGUAUGCAACCCUUGCAUUUUUACUUGUGUUUAUUUUAGAUGCUUUUGCAUUCGUGUCGAAUUCGCGUGUAAUUAUUUUAAAAUGUGAAAUUUUUUGUCGAGCACCUCGAACCCUGAUGAUGAGGUUCAAACACGAUUACACCAAAAUUGCAAUUUGUUGUGGCUUUCUGUUCUGUUCUUGAUGGCUACUCUUGGCGGGCCUCCGCUUCCUCUUUUCCGUGGGCUAGUGCCAAAUGCUAUUUGCAGUGGUUCGCCGGGACAGACAAAGUGCAUGCGGAAAUAAAAUGUGCAGAAAUGUGCACCCAAACAAGCCGAGCACAUACAGCUGAAUACACGAAUAACAAUGGCACCGAAAAUAUCAACAAACCAUCACAGCUGGCUGCUUGCGAACAGGAAAUGUAAAUUACUGAGGACGGAAUAUGUUCUCGAAUUAUUUAUGCAUAAAAUUGAUAUAUUUCGACGUGUUUGCUUUCCAUUUUCCAACGACCAGCGCCCUGCCAAUUAAAUAUGGAAAACAAAAUGCCAGCAAAUACCAGCGUCACUUCCUCAUUUAACCUGCGGAAUUUUCAAUUACACAUUUCAAAACAAUAGUCAGCGAACAAAAUACGAAAGUGAAAAGUGAAAAACUUGAUCAGGGCGCAGGCGCUGGGAGAACUUCCCAGUGGGAGAAGAGAAAAAUGGUACCCAGGCAGAAUGAGAGGAAAACUUGCUUCGGUAUUGGUAAAUGGAAAAUUUCAGGCGAAGCUAAAAUGAACAGGCAAUGGGAAAAUCGAAAUUUUCAUUCAUACUAUAAGGUGAAUGGCACAGUGAUAAAAAUAUACAGAACAUUCGAACUAAAAUGUUUUUCAAAUAUGAACAAGAGGACAUAAAAUAUCUUUAGCACAAUAAUUCUUUAAUGUAUAAUUGAAAUGUCCUGGCUAAGAGUCGCUGAAGCGAAACGAAGAUACAUCAGAAAUAUGAAGAAAAAAACAUAUUUUACAUUGUAAAAUCGUUUGAAAACCAGUCAAAGUUGAGGGUUAUUGAUUAUCUCUAUUUCGCACCUUACAUUUAAACGUUUUAAGCUAAAUUUCACCCGUUUAUCCUUUUUAAUACUCGCAAAAUAAUACAUUUAAAUAUAUUCCAUAACGAUUAACCCACGGUGGCCACUUAGCGCUGUCCACCCGCGCCAUCUAAAAAUACCCGCCCCACCGCUGUUGCGCCCAUCAAGUGGCGCCAGUCACAUGGGCCAUGGUGAAAACGCACUCUCUGGUGAGCAUUUUCCCGCUCGGCAGCUCUCUCGCUGGCUUUUCCUCGCUCUUGCCACGAGUUUCCCUCGGCAUUUGCGGUAGGAAACGGAUAGUUUCGAUGCGAAUCAGCUCUUUGGGGCGCAGCGGGUUCAGUCGCCGAACGAUUUUCGCCCCAACAACGAGGAGGCAGCUGCUGAAAAUCGACUCGCCGCGUUAUUUCUGUGAAGUGAAUGGAAAACCGAGGAAACGAGAGGGAGGACGGAAAAGCAAGAAAAUACGAAUAUACACAGAAUAUACACGAAAUUCUUUUUAUAACGAAACAAAACGCGCAACGCAACGCACAUAAAGCCACAAAAAGCAGCUUGUGGAAAAGCCAGAAGCAGCGGAAAACGAAGAAAAAUCACCAGCACCAGCAGCAGGAGCAGAUAUGACGGCGGCCACGGGUGGUGGGAGUAGUGGGGCGGGGGGUGGUAAGACUGGAAAGCACAGGUCGAGGUCAUCUGCCCGCUACGACGAUGUGGAAAAGCAGCAGAGGAAAAGCCGAGCCAUCGUCUCCAUACCGAACACCAUCAAGCUGAGUAUGCUCAACAGCGGACUGCUGUCGUUCGAAAGGAUAAAGCUCGAGGCACGCGACGAGAACAACUCGCUGUCGAAGACGAUACCCAACGGACCCAUCGAUAUCCGGCAUUUUCUAAAACUCUGCGAUCUGCGCCGCAAAUUCCCGGUCCUCUACAAGCUUGAGUUCCAAACUGCGGCCAAGGUGGAGAGCAACACCUGUCGGCAUGCCUUGAAGAAGAACAAUCUGGAGAAGAAUCAGAAUCCCAAGUGCAUUCCCUACGACUACAAUCGGGUGGUGCUGGAGAAGGUGGGUGGUCUGCAGGACUCGGACUAUGUGAACGCCUCCUACGUGGACAGCCUGCUCAAGCCGAACGCGUAUAUAGUGACCCAGGGUCCUGUCGAGGAGACGGUCCAGGCCUAUUGGCGAAUGGUCUGGCAGGAGAACAUCAGUGCCAUUGUGAUGCUGACGAAGACCUUCGACUUCGCCAAGGUAAUGUGCCACCAGUACUGGCCACCCAACAUGGAGGUUCACGAGCAGUACGGCGAUAUCUUCAUAAAUAUCGUCAGGGAGGAGCAGCUGGCCAAUUUCCAUAUACGAACCUUCAGGCUCUACAAGAUGAACGAAAAGCAGGAGGUGACCGACGAGCGGUUGAUCCUGCAGUUUCACUACACCGAAUGGUACUCCCACUCGUGCCCCUUCUCCAAUGCCCUACUGGAGUUCCGGAGGAGAGUCCGCCUGGUCGUGGGCAACAUAAUAAAGGACGAGGAUGACAUGAGGGGUCCCAUCCUGGUGCACUGCAGCGAUGGUGGCGGCAGAUCGGGAGUCUAUAUGUCCAUCGAUGCCAAUCUGGAGCUGGCGGAGGAGGAGGAGUGCUUUAAUGUCUUCGGCUACCUCAAAAAGUUAAGGCAAUCGCGGAAAGGUCUGGUGGAGAAUGUGGAGCAAUACAAGUUCAUAUACGACACCCUGGAGGAGCACAUCAUUUGCGGCAAGACCUGGUUCCCGGUCUCGGAACUUUCCGAUCGCUUGAAGGCCAAGGCCAGGCGGAAUUCCGGCACCAAAAUGAACGAAUAUCAGGCGGAGUACGAUCAGAUCUGCAAGCAAACCCCACGAUUCACCAUAGGCGAUUGCGCUGGCGGUCACCGAGCAGAUAAUCGCGAGAAGAACAGGGAUGUCCUGUGCGUACCCCCCGAUAACUUUAGGCCCUACCUGACCUCCUUCCAGGGCAAUGCCUUUACGGACUAUAUAAACUCGGUGUUCGUGGACGGGUACACCAAGCCCAGGGAGUACAUAGUCACGGAAUGGCCCAUGAAGCAUACGCUGGGCGAGUUCUGGUCCCUGGUCUACGAUCAGGAGUGCUCGGCCGUUGUGGUCCUGUGCCAGCCGCCCUCGCAGUCGCAGCAGUAUCCCUCGUUCUGGCCGAACAAGUCGAAGAUGGAGAAGUACGGACCGGUGUUCUCCGUGCACUAUGUGAUGUCCAAGAGCUAUACGAACAUCAAGCAGUGGGAGUUCAAGAUCAACAAGAAGAUCGUCUCGCUGACCGAAAUGAUGGCCGGGGUGAAGGCCCCGACGCGAACCGUCCAACUGUUCCAGCUGACCUGCUGGCCCAUGGGUCACAAGGUGCCCAGCUCGACGAACUCGCUGGUCUACCUGAUGAACAUGGUCGAGAUCUGGCGAAAUAAGGUCGACUACGGGCCUGUGUGCGUUGUCUCGCCCGAUGGUCGCAGUCGUGCCGGUGUUUACUGUGCCGCGAAUGCGUGCAUCGAGCAGGUCAUCCAGCACGGCGAGGUCGAUGUCUUCCAGGCGGUGAAGACUGUGCGCCGACAUCGUCCUCAGCUAGUCGAGAAUAUGACCGAGUACAAGUACUGUUACGACCUGGUACUCCACUAUGUCCUCCACUUCCUCAACAAAAAAGAGUGAAGUGGGUCGGACAAGGCCAAGGAUCGUACUAUUUGCAAACUGGUGUGUUGCUACUUUUUUUCUGGAGCUGGAGCUGGAGCUUCAACAAUGGUUAACAAUGAUCCGAAAUACUUGUGGUCCACAUUUGAUGAUGCCUGGAUUUCUUUUUUAUAAUUCCGGGCACCGCCUUAAAGCAAUAAUACUGAGUAUUUUUGUUGUCCACAAAAGCCAGAGAUGGAAUGAAUUUUGUUGUUACGAGCGUCGAAAUGAAAUUUCACGCCACUGGAGAGAUACUUUUUACUUGUUUUUCGAGCAUAAAACAAUGAUACUACUAUAUAAUGUAUAAGCUUUUUGAUCUGAAAUGUAUGUGCCAUUUGUAACCCUAGUUGUUGUUGUUAUAAACAGGAGGAUAUGAUCUGUGUGAUGGGGAUAAUGAGUAUAGAUUGAAGUAAUGAAAUCAUAGGAACAGAGAACGAUUACCUUUAAAAUUUAUAUUUAUAUCUGUAGUUAUUAUUACGUUUACUCUUAAACCUUGCUACCUGGGCAAUUGUUGAUAUAUAUCUAACUACAUAUACCUAUUAUGAAUCUAUUUAUACAUACAUAAAUACAUAUAUAUAUAUAUAAAUGUUAUAUACUGUUGUAAAUGGGAACUCGCAGUGUUUUCCACUACUGAUGACAGAACUUUAUUUUUUAUUCAUGUUAAAGAACAAAUAUAUAUUGAGCCACAUAAAGGGUAACUUCAAGGUGCUGAAGUGAACUUUAUACAUAUUGCUUAUUUAUAAAACUCACAAAACACUCAAACAGAAAAGCAUACCUAUGUAUAUGAUUGUAUCAUGAUUUUCCUCUAUUUUCGCAUUUAUGCAUUCGAAACUCAAACCUACCUACAUACAUAUAUUGUUGUAACUGUAGUUAACUUAUUUUUUACAUUGUGUAUAAAUGUGAGUAUGUCCAUUUUAUCCUUUGUGUAAACCAAUCUACAUGUGUAGACAUUAAGCAGAAUAAUUGUAUUGGAUUAGGCUAAUGAAAUGAAACUGAAGCCGAGAAAAAAGGAAACGAAUCGAAAUUAAAA